AUGAAGUCGAUCGUCUUUGCGGCGUGUGCGGCAUUCCUUGCCCAGGAGGCCGCUGGCCAUGCCAUCUUUCAACAACUCUGGGUCGACGGAGUUGACAUGAUAAGCACCCCUUGCGCCAGAGUUCCUCCCAGUAACUCUCCCGUAACCAACGUCGCCGGCUCCGACAUCCGUUGCAAUGUCGGCGGAGGUAGAGGCGUCGGUGCCAAAUGCCCAGUCAAGGCAGGCGGCGUAGUCACCGUCGAGAUGCACGCGCAACCGGGCGACCGAAACUGCAACGUCGAAGCCAUCGGCGGCGCGCACUACGGCCCAGUGAUAGUCUACCUCAGCAAGGUCGACAACGCCGGCUCGGCCGACGGGUCCUCUGGCUGGUUCAAGAUCUUCGAGAACGGCUGGACCGCCAAGUCCGGCGCGGGCUCCGGCGACGACGACAACUGGGGCGUCAAGGACCUCAACAAGUGCUGCGGGAAAGUGGACGUGCCCAUCAGCAAAGACCUCGCGGACGGCGACUACCUGCUCAGGGCCGAGGUCAUCGCUCUGCACACCGCCGGCUCGUCGGGCGGCGCGCAGUUUUACAUGACGUGCUACCAGAUCUCCGUCACGGGCGGUACGGGCACGGCGAAGCCCGCGACGUUCAACUUCCCCGGCGCGUACAAGGCCAGCGACCCUGGUAUCCUGGUGAACAUCCAUUCCAAGUUGUCCGGGUACGUCAUCCCCGGCGGAGCGGUCGCGUCGAUCGGGUCGACCAAGACGGCCGGUCAGGGAUGCAGCGGUGGGUGUGCUUCGACUUGUGACGCUAGCAAGGGGCCGAAGGGCUCCGCGAUCCCGGUGAGCGGCGGCGGCGGCGCGCCUCCUCCCGGGGGUGGUACUGGUAGUCCGCCAUCUUGCACUGUUCCAAAGUACCAGCAGUGUGGCGGACAGGGAUGGACCGGUUGUACGUCGUGCGCGUCUGGCUCGACGUGCCAAGGAGUCUCGGCUCCCUAUUACUACCAAUGUGCUUGA